AUGUUGGCGGCCCUGGCUGCCGUGGCCUCCAGCCCACCGUCCCGCCGGGAAGGAGGUGAAGAAACAGGCCUGGACGUGACACCACCUGAUAAGGGGGGCGAUGAAGAAAAGCAAGAAGAAACACACCUGGAGGAGGUGAAGGAGUGUGUCCAGGAAGGACCACGCGACACGGAGACACCCGCGGCGACGGGGAUGGAGGCGGUUCCCCGCCCGCCGCCCCCCUGGGACUGCCCUCCCAAGUGUUAUGACGGCAGCCGCCGCGCUCUGCACCAGGAACUACUGGACUUUCAUCGGUGGGCUGGCGGCUCAGACGCCGAGUACCAGCGUCGCCUGCGUCCAGUGGAGGACCUGCGGCGUGUGGUGGUCACAAUGUGGCCUCAGGUGCGCGUCGAGGCCACCGGCAGCCUGGCCAACGGCCUCUAUAUGGCGGACAGCGACGUGGAUGCGACACUGCUGGGCCACUGCGGGAGGGCGUGGCGGCUCGGCCAGCUCACCGUGCUGGAGAAGACGACGGUUCCACUGGUCAAGUUCGUGCACCAGGCGACGGGCUUGCCCGUGGACGUGUCCUUAGGCAGCGAGGCGGCCGUGCGCGCCGCAGAGCUGGUGCGGGAGUUGUUGCGCCGCUUCCCGGCCCUGGCGCCCAUCUCACUGCUGGUGCGCCACUACCUGCGUGGCCUGGGCCUGGCAGAGGUCUUCACGGGGGGCGUGUCAUCCUACGCCGUCACCCUCAUGGUCACCAGCUUCCUGCAGCUGCAGAUUCCCCCGGACGCCCAGCACGACCUCGGGUGGCUGCUGGUGAGCUUCUUCGCCUUCUACGGCUAUGAGUUUAAUUUCGCCAGCACGGGGAUCAGCGUAGUGGGGCGCGGCCGCUACCUGCGUAAGGAAGACGUGCCCAUCGUGAUGCCGCGCGGCCACCGGCGGGCGGACCUCUGCAUCCAAGACCCGCUCUGUCCCACCAACGACCUGGGGCGGUCCUCCUUCCGUGUCUGGGACGUGCGCAGAGCCUUCCAGCACGCCUACCGAGUGCUGGAAGCCGCCCUUUUCGAGCCAGGCGUGUACGCCUCCCCCUGCUCCCUGCUCGGCCAGCUGCUGGCGCGGCACGCCACGCCCCAGCGAGUCCUGCCAAAGUGGACGCCUCCACCUGUCCCAGCAGCAACAGGAGCCAGCAGGACUGCCUAUGAGCAAAAGAAACAAGAGGCUGAACACCGAAGCAAGCACAGGCCCGGCCAGACCCGGAAAGACGACUUCAAGAAGCCAGAGCAGGCACCGGCCCCCCAGCCAACGCGCACAGGGACGACUGUCAGGGUGUUGAACCGGCACGGACGAUUCGUGACGAUCUCCAGGAAGGAGGCGGCGGACGGGGCUUUCCACAACCAGCGGUUUCAUUAA